AUUCAUUCCCAGCACACCAUAAUUCCUGGCCAGUAUUGUGUUGACUACAGACCUAAUCACUUAUUGAUAUUCACCCUCGAAAUCUGAUUCAAUUGUUCCUCCGUCUCUUAGUUGGCCUCUCGACAACAACAGCCGCGUAAAGUAGAUUUAGAAAGUCAGACUUUCCUCUAGACAAAGAUAUGAUAACCUUUUCAGCUGCAGGUGGUAGCCUAGAGAUUUCUGAAAUUGCAUGCCAAUCUUGUCGACAACGUAAAUUGAAAUGCAAUCGCGCAAAGCCAAAAUGUGAUACUUGCACUAGGCUUCAACACAGAUGCGAGUACCCAGAACGCAAAAAACCUAUAGCGCGGAAGAGUCAAUCUACGAGGGAGAAAGAUCCAAGACCGGUAAGUGUUGUGGCUGGUGCCAUUUCAGAUGAGCACGAAAAUACGCCGACAGUACCUGCUACGGUGACGGGCUCGGGUGAUCUUGGCCUAGACUCGUCUUUCGAAUUCAACCUAGACGUAACAGUGCUCUCAUCACAAGAAGCUUCGACACCGCUCGGGAGCUCUGCCGGGCAAGAAUUGAUCGAGCUAGGCUUGCAGGAAGCUUUGCCCCCACAAGAGCUCAUUGAUGAACUACAUCAUAUCUUCUUCACCAAAUUCUACCCUUCUAUGCCUAUGAUUCAUGAAUAUCGGUAUUAUAGAUCAUUAACUCGAGCACCGCUUGCGCGGCCACCAAUCUGUUUGAGGUACGCGAUAUGGGCGAGUGCCGCAUUAUUGUCAGAGAAGUAUAAGAGCUUCGAAGAUCUCCUUUAUAAACGUGCACGAAGAUACCUAGACGCAUCAGAGAUGAAGGGCGAGGGCUUUGUGAAUGUAUAUUAUGCCCAAACUUGGUGCUUGAUUGCAAUGCUCGAGGCAAAGAACGCGCGUUUUUCUCAAUCAUGGAUGAGUGUCGGAAGAGCUGUGCGUUUAGUGCAAAUGCUGGGUCUUUAUGCUCUCGACGUGGAACGCGGAGACGCUAAACAAGUGUUGCCUCCAGCGCAAGAUUGGACAGAGCUUGAAGAACGCCGAAGGACUUUCUGGACGGCGUUUUAUGGGGAUCGAUGGGCUAGUGUCCUGACAGAAUUAUCGUUUGAGUUCGGGCUAGCAGAAGAGACUAAGCCAUUCACCCAGGCGUUUAGUCCCAGUGGACUUGGACAAAUCUCGCCAUUUUCAGCACUUUUGUUGACUAGCAAGUUAUAUGAGCACAAUCGUGAGCAUCUAAACAUCAAUAGCCCAAAUGAGUGCGUCGAGGACAUCGACAACGGCGAAUUUUGGAAGCGCCAUCGACGACUCGACAACGCUUUGUUGAACACAUUUCUCUAUCUACCAGAUAGUUUACGACUUCCGCACGGGUCAGGUGAUAUGAACACGGUUUUUAUUCACAUGAGUAUUCACGCUUCUUCAAUAAAGUUACAUCAGGGGGCUGUUGCUGCUGCAAUGAAGCAUGGUAUCAGUUCAGACAUUGUUCGACACAGCCAAGUUCGCGCUCUUACAGCUGCAGAGGAAAUCACUAAUAUUAUGCGUCAAAUAGAUAACGUGGAUGUAGAUCUGCUGAACUCCUGGACAGGAUUUUGUCUCUACGUCGCAGCUAGUGUCUUGAUCAAGGAUCAGCAGUCUGAUCAAAUUUUCGGUCAAGGUCUCAGAAAUUUGAACUAUUUACUGUCAGCAAUGCAAAAAAUCGGCCACCGACACAAGAUUACAGAUUUCUUUUACAGACAAAGUCGACGAGAUAUAAUUGCCGCAGGACUGGGUACAUUUGGAGAAGGCCUCAUUUACGCAUAAUUUCCUAGGUUCAACUCGAACGACCCGAUAUCCUCGGUGGAUAAUUCGCCAUCAGAUUCCCGUCAGCUUUCGAUCCCUCAACAGACUUUGACAAACCAGAUCAUGUCAGACCAAAGAUUUUAAGCCCUUGAGUUUAUGUUGGAUUUGUUCAUAAAGAACCCACUGUAUUUUUCGACUCGUACACUUUCAACCAUAACUUCCAAAAUUAGCAUACAGAAAACAUCUACUGCUCAAAAUACCCUCUCAAUUAGGUCAACCGUAACAAUCUCGGACUCCAUACCUGGCUCAAGCAAUAGUUCAAAAUCACUUUGUUCACACGCAGCCCAUGCCACUCUUACCUAUGCACGAUCAUGAACGAGUCUUCGUGGGAUCUGAUCGUAAACACAUCGAAAGGAGCCCCAGGCUUGGACUUGAUGUAAAACACAGACAAUACAAUUGAAUACUCAGAAAGUCAUAUUAUUAACCCUAACUACUGUUCAGGGGAUUUUGCUCGUAGUCGGCAUUAAUAAUAAUUUUAUAGAAAGUCUUUAUUUUCUCAUCACCUCUAUACAUUUAAAUUUAGAUUAAUUUUCAAAUU